CGAGUGUGUCUGUCGUAGUGCAGGGCAGAGAUCUCCGUCACCACCUCAACAAACCCGCCACAAAUGCAGACGUAGUCAGGCACUCUAGGGUCAAGUGUGAAUCAACGUAAGGAAAUGUCCGUGGCGUCCCCUGACAAGCGAGCUUGCCUGAUCGCGUCGAGUCUAACCGCGCGCUAGCCCUGGCAUGUUAAAGGACUUGUGUCCACCUUGUGUGGGACAGCCCUACGAACCCCUCCAACAUGCCGGGUCUCACGAUACCAGUGCCAUUCCCUGGGGAUGUUCCUACCCACCCCCUCUUAGUGAUUGACUUUACACUCGUUCAGGCAGGUUACCCCGAGGAACUUGACAGAUUAUGGAAAGCCGCGACCGAACUUGGUUUUUGGUAUCUGAAGAACCAUAGCCUUGACGAUGAGGUAGCCAAAAUGUUCCACGUAUGCGCUGAAGCAUUGGACCUGCCAUUGGAAGAGAAGAUGAAGUUCGAGCAAGGCGACAGUGGAGAUUCAUUCGGAUACAAAGCUCGAGGCACGAUUGCGACUGAUAAAACUGGCACACGCGACAACGUCGAGUUUUUAAACAUUUCGCAAGAUGACGCCCUUUCCUGGCCCCGCGUUACCCAUCGCACCUACCCAUCUAUUGUGAACGAGCACAUGGAGGACACCUUUGUGCCCUUCGUCAGAAAGUCGGUCGACGUCAACAACACUUUCCUAUCUUUCUUCGAGCAGCGGCUCGGUCUUCCCCAAGGUGAAUUCAGUCGACUGCACGACCCUCGCCGAGUCAACGGUGGCGAAGCGCGAUGCAUCAGGACGCCGCCAAAGCAGGAAACCACAGGCGUGGGAGCACACACUGACUUCGGGUCGCUCGCAAUCGUGCACAACCGCCUCGGAGGGUUGCAGGUUAUGCCCCCUGGGACAGAUCAGUGGCUUUACAUCAAGCCGGUACCCGGCUAUGCCGUAUGUAACAUCGGUGACACGCUGGCCAUUUUCAGCGCAGGAAUAUUGCGCUCGAAUGUUCAUCGAGUCAUGCCGCCUCCAGGAGAGCAAUCACAGUUUCCGAGAUAUUCUAUAACCUUCUUUACGCGACCCGACUAUGAAGUCGUCCUCAGGGCGUUGCGGGAUCAGAGCCCUCUCAUAGCCGAGGCUGCGGCGAAGGUGCCUGAAGGUCAGUACGAAACAGGGUCGACUGCAGGUGAAUGGGUUGCACGCAGGAUUCGCAAUCUGAGGUUGAAAAACAGAGAGGGAUGGUUCGGGAGCCAAGGCACUGAGCAUGAAGGUGUUAAAGGUCGUUGAACUACGUGCGACGGACAUCGGUCUGCUUCCUAGCGUCGCUGCUUCGUAUGAUCAAACCAAGACCCCAAUGCAAUUCAGCUUGACGAAAGCGCCACAUGCUAGCGCAGUUAUGGAUACGUGAAUGAACGGGUCGGGGUCGGGGGUGCAGUGAUGUGCACGUAAAAUGUAACGUUUACUCAGGCAGCCUGUCAACGACCACAAUUGGGCCCAGCUCUGUUAGCAUG